UAGUGCUGUUCGUUUGGUUGCCGCAGGUACCGGCGGCAGCGGCAGCGUCAACAUUCGGCGUCAACUCUUGUUCGUUUCGUUGACGCAGGCAGCUGCGUCUGACGCUGCGUUCGAACGCCGCGUCCUGCGGCUGACGCCGAUAAAACCAGCGGUCGCGACAUAAAACCUGCGGCCAAUAAGUCGGGGAAAGUUUGACGCAGCUCCAUCUCUAUCUUUCUCUCUCGAUCUCCAUUCUAGAACCAGUGAAGACCUCGAGAGCUCUCUCCAUCUCGUGCUCUCUCCAUCUCAAGCUCUCUCUCCAUCUCGAGCUCCCUCCAUCUCAAGCUCUCUCUCCAUCUCGAGCUCUCUUCAUCUCGGGCUCUCUCUCCGUCACGAGCUGUCUCCAUCUCAGGCUCUCUGGCUCUCUCUCCGUCACGAUCUGUCUCCAUCUCGGGCUGUCUCUCUUCUCCGAAGAAAACCCAUCUCCGAUCUCAUCUCGAAGCUCUCUUCUCCGAGCUCAUCUCAUCUCCAAGCUCUCUCUUCUCCUUUUCUCGUUGAGGCUCUCUCAUCUCAGGCUCCAUUGAUCUCAGGCUUGCUCAGACCUAGUGGAAAAGACUCAGAUCUUCUCAAGCUCACUCUCUCAAGCUCAGACCCUCUCAAACUCACUCUCUACAGUACAAAGAAAGCUUGAUGAAGUCUUGAGUGCUCUUCUCAAGUUUGCAGAGGAUACACUAAAACCAGAAGAAGGCGAGUUUGCAAGAGUGAGUCCUGUUUUGAGAAACGAUGAUCGGUAUUGGCCUCAGUUCAGAGAUUGUAUUGGAGCACUUGAUGGAACUCAUAUCCCGGAUAUUUUUUGUUAUUAUUUAGUCAACAUUAAUUUUGUGCAAAUUAUAAAAACAAAAAAUGUAAAAUAACCGAGUUUUGCGUAUAGUUAAUAGUUCAGUUUAAUCUGUUUUACUAAAACUUUCUUUUAUCUAAUUUCCAAUCGGUGAAAAAUUACGUAUCCAAACACAUAACUCAAAUAAGAGGUUUAGUUGUAGUACUUAGGGAUCGAAUUCACAGGGAGCUAAGGCACACAAUAGAUUUAUCUAGUUAUGUAGUUAAUCUAGGUUGAAUGGUUUAAAUGUAAAAUAGCAAGGAUGAAAAAGUAAUUGUUCGAUUAAUUGAUUGGGUUUUAAGACAAAUAAGGGGAACUUUAGACUUAGGGUUUAUAUUCAGACAAUCAGGAUUAUAGAGAUAUAGACUACUAAGCAUAUAUGGAUAUUGUAGAACUCAAACAAAUAAGAAUAGUCGAUCAACUUUUGUAUAUUUAGACUACCUAUUGCCGGAUCUAGGACCUCAGCUGUCGCUUGUUGGUCCUGAGAAAGUUUUGAUCGAUUCCAACAAAAAGGUGUCGAUCGAUACACCUUUUAGGCCAUUGAUCGAUGCAACUAAUGAGUUGUCGAUCGACGUUCCUUCCAGGGAGCGUUACACACUGGUUUGACGUGUUCACUAGGUUAAACUAAAUCAGCUUCCGUUUGUUUCUAGCAAUUCUAGCACAACAUAAACUAUUUCAGACAAGGAACCAAACUUCCGAAUGCGCCCUAAUGUCUAUAGGUAAGGUCCUAGGUAGCUACUUUAGAACACAAGCAUUAAGAAUAGUUUAUUUGAUUAAUAUCCUCACACUUAGCAAUUUUGUAUUUUGGGCUAUUUUCUCAUGAAUAUAUGAACCCAAAAUCUAACAAGAGGAACUACUCAGACAUGGCUAAGCAAUUCAUAACAACAACAUAAAAAAAUGCAUAAAAUAGAAUAGAAUAAAGAAACUAGAGUUCCAAUCCCAAAUCUCUGAAGGAGUUCUUGGAUCCUAUCUCCAAACCUAAGACUCUAAGUAUUUUUCUGUAUGAAAAGUAGAAAGUAUGAAAGCGUGUAUUUUCUAGAAGAAUGCCAAAGCACAUAAAUAUUAGGUUAAAACUCGUCAGGGGUAAUCCGGUAAUACUUGUGAGACUUGCGCUUUAACUCAGCUAGAACCCAAUCUGUCUUCUGCGCGCUUCGCCGUCGAUCAACACCACAGGGUGUGUGUCGAUCGAUUGUUGCCUUCGCCCAUUCGCCCAUCGAUCGAUAUUCAUGGUCGAUGGUCAACUUCGGGCCUUUGUCAUUUUCUCUCCAAGGCUUGUGACAAAGACCUAUAAUUGAUUAUAAAGAAACACAUCAUCAUGUGGUGGAAGCAUCAAUUUUCAAGUUUCUCUAGUCAGGCAAGAAUUGAAAGCCACUGGAAAAUGAUAAUUAUGUCAAUGAUUCAAAAGUAUACAAACUGAAAGAAGGAGUAAACCCCAUAAGGAUUGGAUUGCUAGAAGAAGUAAGUGCUCGUUCUCAAGAAUAUUAAUGCACGAGUGUAUUGAACAUAUAAAAGAAAUAAUUCUUGGUCAUGAAGUACCAUGAUUGGAAAUUUACUUAUUUAUAACAUGAUUAAGAGAUGGGAUUUCGUAUGACAAGAAGAGUGGUCAUCCUAGUAAAUUUUCUAAGAAGAAAGAGAAUAAUUCGUAUGUACAAUACAAGUUUAAAAGAGUGUCUAAAAAGAAAUUUGGACGUGGAAUCCAAAUAAACCAAAAUAUGAUCUUUUGUGUGAAAGUAUGUUAUGGACAAAAAAAGUCUUAUGGUCUAAGAGAUUAUCACUAAGGAUAUGCAUAUAUUAACUCUUAAAAAGAUUAUAUAUAUGACGAGAAUACAUCUCCCAAAUAUGAUUCUUCCAGGGGGAGAAUAUGAUGAUGUGUGUGGUUGUACUCUUUUUCCUUGUCAUUGGAUUGGUCUCAUUGGGUUUUCCAUGUCAAAGUUUUAACGAGACAACAAAGAACACGCAAAUGAUAGACACUUUAAGAGGAAUGUUAUCACUUAAGUGAUAAAGAUCUAUCAAUAUUCCAAUGUAUUUUCGAGAUUUAGAGAAGCAGAAGAGAAUGAUCAAGAUCAAGCAUACUUGAUGAAAAAUCAAGGCAUGAACACAUUCUAUUCACGAGACAGAGUCGAAGGUCAAAAGUUUGCCAAUCAAAAGAGACCUUGUAGAUGGAAUUAAAAUAUUAAAUCGGUGUCCAAAGAAAGAUCUUUGAGUCUAUUUUAAUCUCCAAUUGGGAUCAAGUCAUUAUCGAUGAGAGAACUCGAGAUAUGCUUGUUUUCGUGAGACAUGUACAAGUUGUAUCAGAAUACCUAAUUUCGACUGAUAUCCCAAAUAUUUCUCGAUAUUCCCAUUUUACCAGAGCUAGACCGGUGCCUAACAUGGAUGUUAUCUUUGAUUUUCAAAUGGUUUGAAGUCAUUUUGUCCUACGGUCAUCAAGAUAUAAGUUUUAGCGAGAAGUGUCAAAUCUGCCAAGAGAAGUGGACCGGCCCAAGACAAAGACUAAGAAGAAGUCAGUUUAUCAGAUGGGAUUGUAUCGUCUCAGAUAUCUCAAGUUAUGUUCUCAUCAGAGGGAGUAGAUGCGUGCUGCACUCUUUUUUUCUUAACCAUGGUUUUUCCUUCUGGGUUUUCUUGGUAAAGUUUUUAAUGAAGCAACAUCUUAUGCGCUUUAAGAAGUAUUUUUGUAUAAUGGACAUCCAAUGAGGAGUGUUACGAACUAUUACGUGGAUGUUCAUAUAGGUCCAUAAACUCAUAUUCUAGAGAUUUUAAACCCUAGCAUUGUAUUUAUAUAUAUAUAUAUAUAUAUAUUGUUAUCUAUGGAAUAAGAAUAAGAUUAACUAAUUUCUUUUUUUUUUCUUGUUUCACAACAAAUUGUAUUUUUUAGUUUAAGGAAUUCAAUAUUUUCAGCCAAAAAAAAUAAAUAUUUUAAUGGAUAUUAGGGUGUGAUCAAACGUGACACGGUACCACAAGCGCACAAAACUUGCAUGCUAAUCAAUCUUCGAAACAUUAUCAUUAUAUCUGUUUGCGUAUAUAUGUUAUCCCACAAACAAGAUUGGAGAUGAUUACAUGUCAUACCCACCAUCUGCAAUUGAUUUUAUAUCUUGUGUGUUGUAAGUUGUAACCACAUUAUUAUUGGUUAAAUAUCAUUUUCCCAUAAUUUUCCGAAGAACAUGCUCAAUUAUUGAUAUAUGGAUUGUUUGUGCUAUAUAUGGACCAAAGCAAUAGUGAGUUACAUAUACUAAUUAUAAUAAGAAUCUUCAAGUAGUUUAUAUAUGCCCCUAUCUUCAUUUUUAAGGCAUCUUUCGAAUCAAUUUAUGUAUAUAUACAUAAAGUGAUAUUGAGUAGAUAAUAUUUACUCUUCAAUAUCCAGUAUAAAAAUUAUAUCAUCGCGUCUAUCUCCUAAAACACUAUUUUUCCUAAAUCUUCAUUGUUUUCUUUAGACUAUACAGAUAACCUGAAAUGAAAAAUAGUCUAAAUAGAACAAUCAAGAUUUAGGGAAAAUAGUGUUUUAGAAGAUAGGCUCAAUGAUUUUUUUUUUUUUUUUUGGAUAUGGAGAUAGGUUUUAUUUACCAUAUUAAUCCCCAUAACAAUGAAUUUUAAUUAUGAGGAUUAAUAGAGUAAAUAAUACCUAUCCCAUAAAUCAAGAAAAUAAUUUUAUUGAUUAUCAAUUAUCAAUUUGAAAUAACAAUGAGUUUAAGAGUGGGGAUUCAUAUAGUAAAUAAAACCUAAUUAAUAAUGAUGACACCCACAUGCAAAUGAUGUAUAUAAGGUCAGCUCCCUCCAGAACAUAUACAGGUGAGUUUCUACCAUAUUCAAUACCUCAAGACUUUCUCAUUCUUCUUUGAUUGGUUAACGAUUGCUAAAAUUGACCUUUUCCUAUAUAUAUCCAUAUAUGUUAUAUGUGUUCCGUGUUUGUUAGUUGUUCGUUAUUAGCAGGUCAAUAUUUUAGUAGAUUUUUGAAAAUUGUACAAUUGUUAUCUAUGGUGUUCUUUGUAAAUUUAACAUACUUAUUAUUUUUUGCCGAAUUUUGUUUGUUAUUCCAAAAAUGUUCUUAACGAACUCAGACGUAAAACAAAAAAACACAUCCUUAGAAGAUCGCAAUACAACAUAAAGACUUUAUUGUGGACGUGAUUGAUGUGGUUGGGGUACAAAAAAUAUAAAAUUUCUAGCACAUUUAACAUGGAUAUGAUACGGUAAAUAUGUCAAAUAUCUUAACUUGAUAAACAUACAUAGUGUUUCAUAAUAUAAAAGAUUUAAGAACUACAGAUAUUACAAAAGCAUACAUAAUGUUUGAGAAAGGAUGUAUGGACAUGCGUGAUGUGGACAUGUUAUUUGUGUUGUAACACUAAAAAUAGAAUUCGUCUUUUAUGAAAAAUGAGUUAAUAAAAAACAAAUUUCAGAAUAAACAAAUUUAUCUACUAAAAGUAGAAUUCAUCUUCUACAGAAAAUGGGUUAGUAAAAACGAAUUACAGAAUAAACAAGUCUAUAAACAAGUAUAUCUACUUAUGAUGCAAUACCUAUAAUAAUAUUAAAAUAAUAGAUAAAGUCGACAAACAAUUUUGACAAAAGAAAACAUAUGUAACUUUUUUAUAUAUAUGCUGAAUGUAGAAGUUGGCAGACAUUUGAACACUGUGGACCAUUAGUGAUUGGGUGUACAUAUGGUAAUGGAAUCACUAUAUUAUCUAAAAGAAAAGAUAAAAAAUGAAAAAGACAGAUUGCUUCCUUACAUAGUUGGUGUCUUUUCUUAAACAUGAAUGGUAUUCUUUUUUUUUCUUUUUUUGAGAACUACAUAGUUGGUGUUGGUGAUAACGUUUUAUAUAUUUCAUGUCAUUUAAUUGUCACAACCACGAAUCUUGAUUCUCCUUUUGUAAGUUCUUUUCUUUUGACUUAACAGGCUGCUUUGUUAAGUAAGUUCUGAAAUUAACCCAACCAAAAAACUAAUGGGAAAACUGUUUUUUUAGAGCAAAAAAAUAGUAACUAUGUCCCUUUAUACUAAUCUAUAUUUUGUGUCAUAUUUUUCUAUAAUACCCUUUAAUAUUUAUGAAAAUAAUUUUAAUAAAUAGUUUUACAAACAAAAAAAAUUUGGAAAAAUAGUAACAUUUGUUAAAAUACCUAUAUGAACUUAAUGGUAUAUUUUCCAGUUAUAAAAAAAGUUAAAAUUAUAAAUUUCAGAUUAUGUUCUAAAAAAGGUAGAAAUGACAUUCUACGAAGUAGAAAACGAAAUCUACUUUUUUCAUUGAAUCUACAAUGUUUAGAAUACGUGAUCUACGUAAAUAGGAGUAUUCUACAAAUAUGUAGAAUACACAUUCCGUGUUUAACCUACCAUUUUAAAAUUCUUAGAAAUCGAAAUCUACACAUUAAUCUAAUUCUAAAACAUGUAGAAACCGACUUCUACAGAUUUACUAUAAAUCUAAAACAUGUAGAAAUCAAAUUCUAAACAUUACUAUAAUUCUAAAAAACUGUAGAAACUGAUUUCUACAUAUUAGUUGUAUUCUACGGAUAAGAAAUCAGUUCCUAAAAAUAUGAAAACAGAAUAUUUGAAAAUAUUCACUUUUAUAUUUUUUUUUUUAAAUCGAUUUAAAAAAAAAACGAAAAAGGAACAAAAAAAGCGACAAAAAAACCUUGGCAACCUUCUUCGCCGUCUUCUAUAUUCCAUUGAUUGUUCAUAAAAUUUUCACAAAAUUUUCACAUUAUUUCUACCAUGAUUCAUGUCUAUGCUUCAUGUGGUGUUUGGGAAUUGGUUGUAUCUUCAGGUUGGAGUUUUAAUAUUGAUAAAAAGAAAGGGGGGAAGGUUACUUGCUUUGGAAUUGAAGUCUUCUCUGGAAGAGUUACAGAAAAACGUUAUAGAGGAUUUUGGUUUUGAAGAAACAGAUGCUGAUUUGGAGUUGAGUUACCUUCCUAUUGGAUUGAUCAAUUCAUCAAAAUGUCCACCAGUGAUCAUUGGAAACUCAAGGCAAGUUCAAAAUUUUCUAGGGUUUUGUAAGAAGCAUCAGUCAACUCAAUUGUGUGUCAGCUAUAAAGCAAAGCAAGGAAAUCCAAAUAAGAUCGAGAUUGAUCUUAAUAAGAUGCCAACUGAUGCAAGUACUAGUGAAGAGGACAAGCGAAAUCGUUGUGACAUUGAGACCGCUUCAAAUAUUGUUAAGGGGGCUAAGCAUAACGAGAAGAGGAAAGGGAAGAUGAAGUAAAGUGAAGUUGAUGGAGAUGAUUAUGAUGCUGACAAGCAAAACGAGAAGAAGAAAGGAAAAAUGAAGCAAGACGAGGUUGAAGGAGAUGAUUAUGAUGCUGACAAGAUCAAUUCUGAAAAAGAAAACAGAGAAAAAUUGGCAAAGAGUCAGGUGGUCGAAUUGGUUAAGACGGGAGAUCUUUUCCUCAACAAAACAGUUUUGAAAGCGAGGUUUGAGUUAUGUGCAAUGAAGCAUAACUUUCACUACACAGUUACCAACUCCAAUAAAUCAGUUUGGUGUAUUAGAUGCAUUGAUAAGGUGUGCUUUUGGGGUGCUCGAGCUGAGUGUUUGAAGGGCUCCAUAUAUUUUAUUAUUAAGAAGUAUGUCGGUGUACAUUCCUGCGCACCUUCAAACAAAACCAGUGCCGGAAGGACAGCUUCAGCGAAAACGAUAGGCAGUCUGAUAAUGCAUAAAUAUGAAGGUAUCAAGGAAGGGCCUAAAGCAAAAGAUAUUGUUCAGAUUAUGCGUAAUGAUUAUGGAUGUGAGAUCUCUGAUUCUUUAGCAUGGGAUUCCCGUGAAUAUGCAGUCAACGCUGUUAGAGGUAUUCCAGAGGAAAGUUAUGGGAAAAUACCAAAAUAUUUGCACAUGCUGCGAGAGGCCAAUCCGGGUACACAUUCCUCUUACAAGACUGACGUCGAUUGUAGAUUUCGAUAUCUGUUUAUAGCGUUUGGUCAAUCGAUCAGAGGCUUUAACACAGUCAUGAGGCGUGUCAUUGUUGUCGAUGGAACAUUCUUGAAGAGUAAAUUCAAAGGAGUGCUACUGGUUGCAACUGCUAUAGAUAGAAAUUCAAAUUUAUAUCCUAUUGCAUUUGGGAUAGUAGACUCUAAGAAUGAGCAGUCUUGGGAAUGGUUUAUGAGAGAAUUAAAAGUUGUUGUUUCUGAUGAUAAUGGUUUGGCUUUUAUUUCGGAUAGACAAGUGUCAAUAGCGAAGGCACUGGAGAAAGUGUAUCCGCUAGCGAGACAUUGUAUUUGUAUUCAUCAUUUGUUGAAUAAUGUGAUAUCAUAUUUCAAGGGGAAGGGAUUAUCUGGGUUGAUUUCUAAGGCUUCAAAGGCUUAUAGAGUGGUUGAUUUCAAGAAGACGUUUGCUCAUGUUUGCAAUAUCAGUCCAGCAAUUGGAAAUUAUCUUAUGGAAACAUAUGUCAAAAAGUGGGCUAGAUGUCAAUUUCAUGGAUACAGGUAUGACAUUAGGACAAACAAUCCUGCAGAAUCGAUAAAUUCUGCGUUGCGUUCGCCGAGAAAGUUUCCCGUAAUUCCUUUGUUGGACAGUAUUAGAGAAAUGCUGACACGCUGGUUUUUUAAGCGUAAGAAGUUGAUUUCAAAGCACACCCACCGUUUGACCAUAGAUGUGGAGGAAAAGAUUGAUAGGAGAAUUGGAAAGGGGAAAACUUUCGGAGUUUACCCUGUAACCGAUAGCCAGCUGCUUGUUAAAGGCGAUACAAUUGACUGCUUUGUUGAUUUGGACAAACGGACUUGUUCUUGUGGGAAGUACGACCUCUUGAAAAUCCCUUGUAGACACACAAUAAAAGCUGGUUUCUUUGUUGGUAGAGAACCAUAUACAUUGACUGAUUUUUUGUAUACCACGGGAGCUUGGAGAGAAGCUUAUCAAGAAAGCAUAAAUCCCAUUUCAGUUCCUGAAGAUGGUUGGUCUGUCCCACAAGUUGUGGAAAAUUCUGAAGUGCUACCGCCUGAGACAAGAAGAUCUCUUGGAAGAAAUAGAAAACGCAGAUAUGAAACUGUUGAAGACAAAAUCCGAUCAUCACAAGGAUCACAGGGGGGUCAGUCUCGUAAGUGCAAUAGAUGUGGUCUUGGUGGUCAUAAAAGAGCAACUUGCAAGAUGCCAAUAUAG